AAACAAAAUAAUAAUAAGGAAAAAAAUAAAAACUUCUCUCUCUCUAUCUCUCUAACGUUACCCGUUCUCUGUUCUACCGAAAAUCGCGACUCUUCCAAAAAUCGAAAUACCUGAAAAAAGCAAAAAAGAAAAAAAAACGGAUCCAAAAAAUAGGCCCCGACGAUAAAAAUAUUACGCCCCCAAAAAACAACAAACCCUAACCCUAGCUUUCCCUAUUUCCCACGAACUAUCCAAACAUCUUUCUCUAUUUCUCCGAAUAGGAAAUUACAAAUCUGAGAGCGUUAUCUUAUCUUUUAUAGAUUUGUGUGGAGAUAAGUUUUUCCGGUUGUCGCGGCGGCGGAACUGGCGGUAAUGGAAUGUUGGAAGGGUGGUUGUGGGAGUGGAUGGUGGCGUCGAUGACUGGUGGUGGUAACGGUGGCGGCGGGGGGAGAUGUCUGCGGCCGAGGAAGAUGAUGGGUAGGGUAUUUACGGAGGAAAAGCCAUGCCCAAUAUCUAUCCCUAGGGUUUCGAAAAAUAAUGAAUUUACAGAAAAGCCCUCACAGUUUGAUAAAAUUACGGAAAUGCCCCAACAACCAGAAAAAACUGAAAAUGCGAUAGACUUCUACUCCCAGGCGAGAAAAGCUUUGUGCCAACGUAGUCCUUUCGAUACCGAGGAUUCUACUUCUCAGUCACAGCCAUCUUCUUCCUCUACCGUGCACCUUACUUUACCCAAUAACUUAGCGCAGUUGUUAAAUAAGCAUUCUGAUAGUAGAAAACGACACAAGAAGUCUCAUGGAGGAACUGAAACGAAGAAGAAGAAGUCGUCUUCGCGGCAAAAGGGCGGUCGUAAUAGUGGAUUCUGGGACGAAGUUGAGGAAUACUUUCGUGAAUUAUCUGUGGAAGAUAUUGAUAGAUUGUAUAAACUUGGGUCGUUCAAGUUUUUGGGUAAUGAUACUCAGAAAUUAUUGUACAUUCCUACUACAUUUGACAAUGUGGGUAGUGGUGUAAGCAAUAGUGGAGUGUUGGUUAAAGAAGAAGAUAAUAAGGAGAGUGAUCAAUUUAUGGAUGUGGACAGUGAAGGAGGAAGGGAAACUGAAUUGGUUAAAGAAGAAAAGGAUGGAAAUGUGAAUGUGAAGCCAUGUUCGUCAUCCUCUUGUUUGCCACUGAGUGGGUUAGAAUGGCUAUUAGGUUCUAGGAAUAAGAUAUAUCUUGCCUCUGAACGACCCUCAAAGAAAAGGAAGCUUUUGGGUGGAGAUGCAGGGUUGGAGAAGCUUCUAGUUGCUCGUCCUGUAGAAGGGUCAGCUGAAUUUUGUGACUAUUGUAGUUUAGGUGACCAUGGUGAUGUGUUGAACAGAUUGAUAGUUUGUAGUGCUUGCAGUAUGGUUGUUCAUCAGAGAUGUUAUGGUGUGCAGGAUGAUGUUGAUGGCAGUUGGUUGUGUUCUUGGUGCAAGCAAAAGAAUGAUGAGAUGGUAAGUAACGGCAAGCUGCCAUGUGUUCUUUGCCCAAAAAGUGGUGGUGCCAUGAAACCUUGUAGGAAAAGAGAGGAAUCUUCUUGUCUGGAGUUUGCUCACUUGUUUUGUUGUCAGUGGAUGCCUGAGGUAUAUAUUGAGAAUACUAGGAUGAUGGAGCCGAUAAUGAAUGUUGAUGGUAUAAAGGAUACACGAAAAAAGUUAAUUUGUUAUCUCUGCAAGGGGAAACAUGGGGCGUGUGUUCGGUGCAGUAAUGGAUCUUGUAGGACUUCUUUCCAUCCUAUAUGUGCCAGGGAGGCAAGCCACAGAAUGGAGAUAUGGGGGAAACUUGGAUGUGAUGAUGUUGAAUUACGCGCGUUCUGCUUGAAGCAUUCAGAUUUACAGGUCAAUAGUGGCAGUCAACAAGUUAGAGACCCUCCAGUAGAUGUUUCUUGCCCCACAGAUAACAAUCAGUUGGCAGCAUCAGUCACAGCCAAACCACACAAGUUAAAGCUUGGCUUAAAAAAUGGAGACAAAAGGGUGCUGCAUGUGGACAAUUCUAUCUCGGGUUUAGAUAAGUUGAAUGAUGAUGCAUUACAGCAGCAAGAGCUGCUCGAGAAGGACUUGAACCUUAAACGUCAAACAGAAUGUGGCAUUUCACAGCAGCCUGUUAAUAGGGAUUUAUGUGUAAACAGAGAUAGUGAUGUGGCUGAUCAGCUAAAUUUCACCGUGAUAUUAAAAAAGUUAAUAGAGCAAAAAAAAGUUGAUGUAAAAGAUGUCGCUGCGGAGAUUGGUGUAUCUUCAGACUUGUUGGACUCAAUGCUCAAGGAUGAUAAAAUGGUUCCUGACAUACAGUUCAAGUUAGCUAAGUGGUUGAAGAAUCAUGCUUAUAUUGGAAGUUUACAGAAAACUCUAAAAGUUAAAAUUAAAUCCACAAUAGCUCCAAAAGUUGAGGCUGGUGUGAUGGAUGGUUUGGAUUCCAUUAGAGUAACAGAACCCGAGAUUACGGACUUCGUCCGCGUCAAGUCUGUACCACCUCGGAGAAGAACCAAAAACAAUGUCAGGGUUGUGAAAGAUGGUGAAUCACUUUUUUCAGCUAAGGAGACACUCAACACUGAUGGAGUACCAUCGGAUGAAGCUAAAACUAGUGUGGUUGGAAGGGAAGAUUCAAGUUGUCCUAGAGAGUUUCCGUCUGCUGGUUUGCAGCAGGUUAUGCCCGAGAUUGUUCCCUCAAAAGCCACUCUUGCGGGCAAUUCCAACAAUGAUGAAGAGCCAUCUAAGGUUUCACUCCACAGCCUUGAGAAUGGUCAAGUGGAGCAGGGUGCUUUAUCUGAUCAGAAUCUUGUGACAGUUGCUGAUACGAGCAGCACUAUUUCUUCAGUUUCUUUUAACCACUUACCGGAUGUCCUUAAACAUGAAGCUUUCCGUAGCUCCUACAUUCACCCUCUUAUUCAGAAUAGAUUAAGGCAAAUGGAGAACAGAUCCCCUUUGGAUGAUUUGAGACACGGAGAAGUUUCUCAAAUUGAAGCAUCUUCCAGUUCAGGAAUCUGCUGCAGUCAACAUUUUCAACAGUCAACUUCUGGCGACAUUCUCAAAUUGAAUGGUGCAUGCCUUGAAGAGUUGGUGAAGGCAAGUAAUAUGGGCCUGCUUGAGCUUUCACCAGCAGAUGAGCUGGAAGGAGAGCUCGUUUAUUACCAGCACAGACUGAUUUGUAAUGCUGCUGCAAGGAAACGUUUUAGUGAUGAUUUAAUUGUUAAGGUUGUGAAUAGUCUCCAACAGGAGACUGAUGCUGCUAGACAACGAGAAUGGGAUGCUGUUCUAGUUAGCCAGUAUCUUUAUGAGCUUAGGGAAGCCAAAAAGCAAGGAAGGAAAGAGAAACGACAUAAGGAGGCCCAGACUGUACUGGCUGCUGCAACUGCUGCAGCUGCCGCAUCGUCUAGGAUUUCAUCAUUGAGGAAAGAUAAUGUAGAAGAAUCUAUGCACCAGGAGGUUAUGAAUGCUACCAGUGAAAGGCUUAGGCUUUCUUCCCAACAGCAUCCUCGUGUCAAGGAGACGCUUUCAAGGCCAACCAGUGUGCGGAUAUUACCAGAGACUAACUCUGAUCUUGUCCAGCCAGGUUCAGAUUUUUUGAAAGACCAUGCCAGAACUUGUGAUGUCUGCAGACGGGCCGAGACCAUUUUAAAUCCCAUCCUAGUUUGUACCAGCUGCAAGGUUGCUGUUCACUUGGAUUGCUAUCGAAGUGUAAGAAACUCAACAGGUCCUUGGUAUUGUGAACUAUGCGCGGAUUUAUUGUCAUCUGGGGCCUCUGGAGCUCAAGCUUCUAAUCUUUGGGAGAAGGAGAAACCUUGUUUUAUUGCAGAAUGUGGGUUAUGUGGUGGUACUGCUGGCGCUUUUAGAAAGUCAAAUGAUGGUCAAUGGGUUCAUGCCUUCUGUGCUGAAUGGGCCUUUGAAUCAACUUUCAGAAGAGGGCAAGUACAACAAAUAGAGGGAAUGGCAACUGUCCCCAAGGGUAACGAUGUCUGCCUCGUAUGCCAGCGGAGAAAAGGUGUAUGCACUAAGUGUAGUUAUGGUCACUGUCAGAGCACAUUCCAUCCCUCUUGUGCUAGAAGUGCUGGCUUCUUUUUGAUCGUGAGAACUAACGGUGGCAAGCUGCAGCAUAAAGCAUAUUGUGAUAAACAUAGUUUGGAACAGAGACUUAAGUCUGAGACUCAGAGACAUGGGGUGGAAGAACUGAAGAGCCUGAAGCAAGUCAGGGUUGAAUUGGAGCGAUUACGACUAUUAUGCGAAAGAAUUGUUAAGAGAGAGAAGCUGAAGCGGGAAGUAAUCCUUUGCUCACAUGAUAUUCUGGCUUCAAGUAGAGACAAUGCUGUUUUAUCUGCUCUGACUCGACACCCUUACUUCCAACCUGAUGUUAGUUCAGAUUCAGCUACUACGACAUCCAUUAAAGGCUAUACUGAUGGCUAUAAAUCAGGCAGUGAAACAAUACAAAGAUCAGAUGACAUAACAGUAGACAGUGCUGUAGCAGGAAAACGGCGCAUUAAGUUUCCUGUGCCUAUGGACAAUGAUCAGAAGACUGAUGAUAGUUCUAUAUCACCCAACCCUGUCACACAAAAACCUGCACAACGAGCUUCAUUUUCUGGGAAGCAAAUCCCUUAUAGAGCUUCUUGCAAUUCUACAGAUGACGGGGACAAGCGAUUGAGCUACAGAAAGCAUAUGGAAACUUUUGAGAAAGAGCUGGUAAUGACUUCAGAUCAAGCCUCAAUGAAGAACCAGCGAUUACCUAAAGGGUACGUCUAUGUCCCAAUCCGGUGCCUUCCGAAGGAGGAGGAAGCUGCUCCAGAUGAGUGUUCUGGAGAACCACUGGAUCCUGAUGGAUAGAUUUAGCUCAGUCAUUGUAGUAUUUUGGUUCGAACGAGCACGCCAUAUCUGGCAUUUUGCUGCUGGUACACCAUUUUUAUCUGAACCAUCGGGGAGGAUGGCUUAUUUAAAGCUAAGAUGAUGACAAGCAGCGCCCUUCCAGGAGCCAUCGAGAUUAGGUUGAGGACGGUAUCUGAUUGUUGUAUAUUCAUUCAGAGCUUACUGUACAGUGGAAUUUGGAGUGGUUUGAAUGGCUCUGUUCCGAUGGCUGUUUGUGGGUGAGCUGGGUGGUGACAGUAGCUCUGCUUCUUGUAAUUGUAUACAGUAGUUAGAGGAUAUUCCCUACUACGCAAGCCUUGUAAAGUUAUUGUAAAUAUUCUUACAGUGUUAAUUCAAAGCAAUUAGCGCAGAGCAAUGAGUUUAAUUUUAUCAUCAUAGUUCCAGAUUCUUUUAGCGUUUUCUCGUACUGAUUUCACGUUUCAGGUAGCAGUUUCACCAGCUGUUAUGUAAACCCUCGACUUUGUUGUUUGUCCUCUUUCAGUAGAUUUUGGCAUUGCACUGCA